UAAUAGUUUCUUCCUAUUAAAAUUCAAAAUAUAUAUCCAGUUUGCUAUAAAUAUGUACCCCACCCAGCGUUAAUAUUAUAUUUGUAAAUUGUAAGGAACAUGAGCAUGAAGGAGAGAAAGUCUGUAUUGGAGCGUCUGAGAAUGGCGGUGCAGAAGGUGAAGCUUCUUCUGGGCGCCACCGUGCUCAGCCACGCGUGGCAUGCGGCAAGCCUUCUCCGGCGUGGUUCUCAGAUCAAACGGCAGGUUAGUUUGGACGAUCGAGCCGGGUUGAUGAUUUGUGCUUCGGAGGAAACGGAUUCAGAGGGCUUGGUUCAUGUUUCUUCUCCGAGUAGUGCGCGAAGCCUUCAGAGGACCAUAAGCUAUCCUUCUUCGGAUGAUGACAUCGACAAAAGAGCAGAGAUGUUUAUAGCAAACUUCAGACGGCAGCUUCACAUGGAGAGGCAAAUCUCCCUGCAGCUGCGUUAUUGCAGGGAAAAUACUCUUCAAUUGCCCUCUCCUUGAUUGCUUCUUCUAAUGGAGGACUUUCUGUUUUUUCAGGGAAGGAUCUUCAUCUUGUACAAACUACACAAAUUGUCAUUUUCAACUUCUUUUUUCUUCUUUUUUUUCAUUUGUAAAGUUUUGGAUUGUUUUAAUCUUUUUUGAUGCAUGAUUUGCAGCACAUAUGAUUUUUUUUGGGAUUGUUGUAAUAAGAAGAGUCUGGGACACAUGAUGUUUUUGUUAGUUCUUCA